AGCGAGGACAGGAGCAGAGGAGGUCGACGACGACUGCAGAGGCGGGAGGCGCAACGCAGGGUGUAGCCACACACAGUUAUGUCCGGGGUUCUCGACCACGGCAGGGACUCCGAGCUUCGAAGCCUGUCGGAGGAGUCCUCCACAAAAAACUGGCAAGGGCGCUGCCAGUUCUCAGGGCUUUCAGAUACCAAGGCUUUCUAAAUACCAGGGAGCCCCACAGGAAACGCGGAGUUUCUCAGGGUCGCGGGCCCGUUGGGCCCGCGACGAGCCGCGCUGAAAACUAUUGCGAGGCGAACCGAUCCACAUGGCUCGCAACGAGCCGUCCUCAGGACGGGAUAUCAAACAUUUCUGAACACUUCUCUUGGACAGGUCGUGUUCACUACCAUACCUCAGAUGAAACUCAAAGAUCGGGAUCUGCCUCAACCUCGGCCGUUGCCUCCACGCUGCGCCGAGGCGGCCCGUGCCGUAGAACAGCUUCACAACGAAGCCUCGGCCUCUCAGGAGGCCUGCCCUCCAGCGUCGCAUCAGCUCGGCAGGAGCCACGCGGAAGUCGACCGCUCGGCACCUUCGGCGGCGCGGCGCGCCGCCGGCGGCAGCCCGUGCAGCAGCUGGUUCACCCUGCCGCCCUUCUUGUACCUCACCACCGACCUCUCGGCGAGCCACCGCCCGCGGUCCCGGGCGCCGCGCAGGUCUCGCGCCCCGACGAGCGCGUCGUGCGAGGCCCCGCCGUGCCUCGGCAUGUACAGCACCGGCAUUGCCUCUCCCUGAAGGCCCACGGCCUUGGCGGCGCUCUCGAAGCUCGUCGCCCACUCGCGGUAACUGAACGGGAACGCCAGCGCCUUGCCGCCGCUCCCGCGGAGCCGCCGCACCAGCGCCUCGACGAACGGGAAGACCUCGGCGUUGUCCACGACGAUGCUCUCGUCCCUGGCGCCUGUCUUCGAGGUGAUCACCAGCUCCUGCGGGUGAAGGAUCGCAUUCCACUUCAAGGUUAAGCGGCGACAGCCCCCAGCUGGCGGCACUGAUCCUCAGCACCUCUCACGGCCUCGAAUAGUGGAUGAAGGCGAAGACGACGGCGGCGCCCAUGUGCCAGCCCGCCACCUCCACGAGGCGCUUCGCCACCAUGAAGGCAGCAGCCCACGGCAGCGGAAGGCGCGUUUGCGGCGGGCCCGGCUUCGCAGAGCCCCAGCGGGCCACCUGCACCCGAGCCAGGUUGACACACCCAGGACCAGCCACAGGACGAUGAUACGCGAUCGCAGCCACCAUCUUCGACACCGCGCUGGACCUCCACCUCCAGGUCCGCGAUGCGCUGAUGUCGCAGCAGCCCCUGCUCUCGGGCCCAGGCCACGAACCUCUGGCACCGGCCCUAGCACUCCGACUCCUGCCGCACCGACUCCGGAGCGGCGCUCCGGCAGCGCGCGGCCUGCCCGAGCCGGCCCGGGGCGAGCCGCUGGGGGCGCAUGGGCAGCGCGCCCCCCCGCUGCGCGAGCCUCGCGGAUCGGGCGGGGCUCGCGCUUG